AUGGUGAAAGCCCGGGAGAACGUGCCUCACGUCGCCUCUGCCGGGUCCUGCGUGCGCGCUCCAGCCCCGCCCAGACGUACGCAUGCGCGCGGGCCAACCUCACCCGGCCGCCGGGAGCGCGCGCGCGCCCCCUCCUCUUCCCCUGGACUCAUUCACCACCCACCCUCAUUCCCCGACCUACUUUACUGUCGCCAAACCCUGGCAACCUGUCUCGCCCCUGGCGGCCAGACCCCUCUCCGGAUCCCCCAGUGUUCCAUCCGGGCACACGUUCCACUGGGGCAGAGCGCUGGCCAGUACAACAGCGACGAGGCCCGGGCCGGCGCGCGCCCGUCCGCCAUCCGAGACAGACAGCGCGGGCGCGCGCCCCCCGGGGGCUGCCCUCCCUCCGCGCGCGUCGGUCCCGGGCUCGCGCUGCCUCCGCCGCGUGCACGCAGUUCAAGCGGGGACGGCCCUGGGGCCGAAGAGCAGACGGCGGUGGCCAUCGCCAGCGUCCAGCAGGCGGCGUUCGGCGACCACAACAUCCAGUACCAGUUCCGCACAGAGAAUAAUGGAGGACAGGUGACAUACCGUGUAGUCCAGGUGACUGAUGGUCAACUGGAUGGCCAGGGGGACGCGGCCGGCGCCGUCAGUGUGGUGUCUACGGCCGCCUUCACGGGGGGUCAGCAGGCCGUGACCCAGGUGGGUGUGGACGGGGCGGCUCAGCGCCCAGGCCCCACCGCUGCCUCUGUGCCCCCGGGUCCCGCAGCACCCUUUCCUCUGGCUGUAAUCCAAAAUCCCUUCAGUAAUGGUGGUAGCCCGGCACCUGAGGCCGUCAGUGGGGAGGCACGCUUUGCCUAUUUCCCAGCCUCCAGCGUGGGAGAUACUACGGCUGUGUCGGUACAGACCACAGAUCAGAGCUUGCAGGCUGGAGGCCAGUUCUAUGUCAUGAUGACCCCCCAGGAUGUGCUUCAGACAGGAACACAGAGGACGAUUGCACCCCGGACACACCCCUAUUCCCCGAAAAUCGAUGGAACCAGAACCCCCCGGGAUGAGAGAAGGAGAGCCCAGCACAAUGAAGUGGAGCGGAGGCGGAGGGACAAGAUUAACAACUGGAUCGUCCAGCUUUCAAAAAUCAUUCCAGAUUGUAACGCAGACAACAGCAAGACAGGAGCGAGUAAAGGAGGGAUCCUGUCAAAGGCCUGCGACUACAUCCGGGAGCUGCGCCAGACCAACCAGCGCAUGCAGGAGACCUUCAAGGAGGCUGAGCGGCUGCAGAUGGACAAUGAGCUCUUGAGGCAACAGAUCGAGGAACUGAAGAACGAGAAUGCCCUGCUUCGAGCCCAGCUGCAGCAGCACAACCUAGAGAUGGUGGGCGAGAGUGCCCGGCAGUGACGGCCACUGCACCGGACGUGUGCACAGGAGCCGCCUCUGUGCUCUCUGCAGCCCCUUCCCCAGCCCUUAGCACAGAGAGGGACAGAUGCCCCUCCCCCAGCUGCGUUUUUUAUAGUAGAUUUUUAACAAAAAAUGGGGAGAAAUAAAUAAUGCAUUUCUGUGGAUACAGCCCCAUCACCCACCUCAACUUGGAAAUGACAUCCCCCACCCCCAUCUGUCUGUCUGUCUCCCCUCUGUUGGCCCUCACUGUGCCCCAGCACAUCUCGUCUUGCCUGGAGGCAAGAGGACGGACAGGGGCCCUGACAUAUCCUGCUGUCUCCUUGGUCUCUAGAGGUGCUGAGACAGGGUGCCUAUGGGAAGGAGGGAGCCCCUGGGGGUCCUCCCUAUGGCCUGAACCUGCACAAGGAGGCCAUGUCCCACCCCCACCUCUUGUCUCUUGGUCCUUGUUCUCCUUUGGGUGUGUGUGCGUGUGUGUGUUUUAAUUUUCUUUAUGGAAAAAAAUGGACAAAAAAAACCAUAGAGAGGUAUUUAACUGCAAUAAACUGGCCCCAUGUGGCCCC